AUGGCUCUACCCAGCCUGAGGGCAGCAGCAUGCCACAUCUCACCCCACAUUCUGUCUGCUGCUCGCACAACACAGAAGACGGUCAAUUGCAUUAAGACAGCUGCCAGAUACUCGGCAAAUCUAGUGGUGCUGCCGGAGUCGUCAAUCCCUGCUUUCCCAGUAUGGUCUUCGCUGCUGCCGCCCACCCACGCCCAUCACUUUUUCCGACAGAUGGUGCAGGAGUCGGUCUAUGUCGAUGGCGAAGAGAUCUCUGCCAUCCGUCAAGCAGCACGCGACAACCGCGUUGUAGUCAGUCUGGGAAUAUCUGAGAGGGUGCGAUACAGCUCCGGCACUCUUUUCAACACCAAUAUAAUCAUUGGCAAUGAUGGCGAGAUCCUGGUGCAUCACCGAAAACUGAUGCCUACGUUCUUUGAGAAGUUGACUUGGGCUCCUGGGGACGGCUAUGGCCUAUGCGUUGCACAAACCCAAUACGGCAAGAUUGGGGCGCUGAUCUGUGGUGAGAAUACCAAUCCGCUGGCCCGAUAUACUCUUAUGGCACAGGGAGAGCAAGUCCAUAUUUCCACCUGGCCCGCCAUCUGGCCUACUAGGGCCCUCGUCAGUGACUCUGACAAUGAGGUCAACCCUGUGAGCUCUAGCAGUCGCAACUAUGACAAUCUUGCUGCAAAUCACACGCGAGCAGCGGCUCAUUGCUUUGAAGCCAAAUGCUUCGGAAUUAUGAGUGCGGGACAUCUCGACGAUGCCGCCAUGGCUGACAUUGCUGCAAUGACUGAGAUGCCAGAGGACAUACAAAAGAAGCUAGCAAGCUACCCACGAGCAGCAAGUCAGUUUCUCGAUCCAACCGGCAAGACCGUUCAUAGCGGGUUUGCGUUGGACCUUACCACAAAUCGGCGGCUGGAUAGACAAAGUAUCGUCACGGAUAUGGAAGCAAUUCUCUUUGCAGAUCUAGACCUGAAUGAGUGUAUAGAAGGCAAGCAGUACCAUGAUGUUGCCGGGGGAUAUCAGAGAUUCGACGUCUUCUCGCUGCAGGUUAACCGCCAGAGGCAUGAGCCUGCACAGUUUCAUGACGAAAAAGACAAAGCGUCGAGCUUGGGCAGCCUUGGGAACGACCACGAGAAAGGUUCCGGUGGGAAAGGAAAGGAAGGAUGA